AUGCGAAAGCUUCUAUCUGAAGUUGGCUUGGGGUACGAGCAAAUUGACGUGUGCCAAUAUGAAUGUGCAUUGUUCUUCGGUGAGAAUGCAAAUGCUACAAUGUGCCUUGUAUGCAAAUCUAGUUGUUAUGUACGGAAUAAAAUUCCACAUAAACGACUUAGAUGGUUUCCAAUCAAGGCUCGACUAAAACGAUUGUUUAGCUCCAAGCAUACUGCUAAGGUUAUGCGAUGGCAUAACGAGGUGCGCAGAGAUGAACCUGGGAUACUAUGUCAUCCAGCUGAUGGGGAUGCUUGGAAGCAUUUCGACAAGACAUACCCUGAAUUUGCAGUGGAUUUGAGGACUAUACGAAUGGGAUUAGCGUCAGAUGGGUUUAACCCUUUCUCAAACAUGACAUCCACGUACAACUUAUGGUCUGUGAUAUUAAUUCAAUAUAACAUGCCGCCUUGGGCUUCUCCGAACGGAAAAAAUUAUCUCAUGUCAUUGCUAAUACCAGGACCCAAAUCUCCUGGAAAGGACUAUGAUGUGUUUUUGAGACCACUAAUUGAAGAACUUAAGGAGUUAUGGGAGGGCAUUGAGGCGCAAAGUAAUUCUUCAAGUAAGCGUAAGCAUGGACAGAAUGAGUUGAACUGGUGUAAAAAAAGUGUUUUGUUUGAAUUUUCGUAUUGGUCACAACUCUUAUUGCGUCAUAAUCUUGAUGUGAUGCAUAUAGAGAAAAAUGUUUGUCAUAACAUUAUUGGAACACUUUUAGACAUUGAGGCCAAAUCGAAGGACACGCUGAAGGCUCGUAAAGAUUUAGAAAAUUUGAAAAUUCGCUCUGAUCUUUGGUUGAAGAAGUCAUCCAACAAUAAGAUGGAAAAACCCCAUGCAAGCUAUACUUUGGCUAAAGAAGAAUGCAAGGAAUUUUGUAAAUUCAUUCAAAGUAUUUGUGCAAAAACUAUUCAAGUUGAUGAUAUAAUUGAAUUGAAGGAUAAAAUUAUUAUUAUCUUGUGUAAAUUGGAGAAAAUAUUCCCUCCAUCAUUUAGUACCAUAAUGGUUCAUCUUUGUGUGCGCCUACCAGAUCAAGUGUUGUUAGGUAGCCCAGUUUCUUCACGGUGGAUGUUUGGGACUGAACGUCAUAUGGCGUUGUACAAAAAAUAUGUUUCUAACAUAGAGACGAGAUUCACACGUUAUGAGCGUAAUUGGGAUUUUCCUUCUACAAGUCAUCAAUUUCACAUUUUCAAUUCCAUUGUUCGUCCAAUAGGGGCAUCAUCUGUCAAGUUGUUGGAUUCUUUCAGUAAAAUCGUUCAAUGUGAGCAUAAAACAUUGUUGGAAGAAAGGGGCCUUUCAAGUGAACAAAUUCUUACUGCCCAAAUGGAAGAAUUCCCUUCUUGGUUUAAGACAAAGAUAUCUGAACUGCGAGUCCAACAAUCUUCUCUUGCAAAUGAUGAUUUAUAUUCUCUAUCUCAAGGUCCAUUAGAACGAUACAUUAGUUAUCAUAGUUGUAUUGUAAAUGGUGUUCAUUUUUGGUGCAAGGAUCGUGAUGAUAAUCUUUGUACACAAUGUUUUGGAGUUUGCACUGAAGGGGACCAUGACAACGAUACUAUUAUGUAUUAUGGGGUUUUGCUUGAGAUUUUACAAUUGUCAUUCCUUUUUGAUCGGAAAUUGCCACCUUUUCAACCGACUAAGGAUUUGAUUGAAAGUUCCUCUGUAGUGCGUAGAGAUGUUGCACCUUUAAGUCUUUCAAGCGAAUUUGUUCAAAUGAAUAUUGGCGGGGAAGAAGAUGAAGAUGAAUUUAUUGAACUUAAUGAAGAUUUUGAUGAUGGAGAUAUCAUCUUUGAUGGAGAAGUGAUAUGUUCUAGUGAUAGUGAGGCAGAAAAUGAUUUAGAAGAACAAUUUGAUGAUGACAUGGAAUCUUAA